CCCGAGGGCGGCAGCUGCCUGCAGGGGGGCACCCGCCUGCCCUGGCACGAGAAGACGCCGGCGCUGACGCGGGUUGGGGACRUCAAGUGCAACGACGAGACGAGCUGCCCCGAGGGCAACACGUGCUGCCAGCUGAGCUCGGGMAAAUGGGGCUGCUGCCCCCUGGAGCAGGCUGUGUGCUGCUCUGACGGCAUCCACURCUGCCCCUCGGGCUUCUCCUGCGACCUGGCACACGGCACCUGCUCCCAGGGGCAGCCGGCAGCGCUGCCAGGGCCUGCAGGGCCCCGGGUGCCCGCGGUGCCCAUCGGCAGCCGGGCCGUGAGGUGCAACGCGACGGCGAGCUGCGCCGACGGGCAGACCUGCUGCCGGAGCCGCAGCGGCGACUGGGCCUGCUGCCAGCUGCCCAGCGCCGUGUGCUGCAGGGACCACGAGCACUGCUGCCCCUGGGGCUACACGUGCAACGUGGCGGCGCAGAGCUGCGAGAAGCAGCGGCCGCGCGCGCCCGCCCUGCCGGCCGCCCGCUCCAUGCCCGCUGCCGCC